AUGCACUCGAAUGGCCUGUGUACAUUGUCGCCUGUGAUGAAGGGUCUGCUGAUGCUGGCUGCGGUCAUGGAAAUGCUAGCGAUGAUUGGGGCUAUGCCAGAGGAAGAGUCGCAGCAGCUUUUCGGGGACAUACACAUCACGAGCGAUAUGGAAUCGCUCAGUCUUACUCGAGAGCGCCAAAAGCAUCUCUGCCAGCGCGAGGUGCCCGUUGUCUUCUUUCAAACACAGAAGGAUUCACCGCCUCGAGGCAAUGGCUCCACGAUUUUCUACCACCGCAUCGAUGUCUGCUGUCUGGGCUACAGGCGCAAUCCCUACUCCGGCAGAUGCGUGCCAGACUGUUCGCAGAGUUCGCCGGACAACUGCUUCAACGGCUUCUGCCGUGCCCCUGGACAAUGUGAGUGCUUUGCAGAGUUCGUGCGCAACGCGCACGGUGCCUGCAUCCACACCUGCCCCAUUUCUUGCCAGGAUGGCCGGUGUUAUCUGAACGGGACCUGUGCCUGCCAUCCUGGCUAUGCCCUGGAUCGGGAGACGCGCCUCUUCUGUCGGCCACACUGCUCCCAGGACUGCGGCACUCAUGAGGAAUGCGUCGCUCCAGGCAUGUGCGACUGUUCCCCUGGCUAUCGUCGCACCGACGAACUGGGCUGUCAACCCAUAUGCACCCCGGACUGUGGAUACGGAAAGUGUGUUGGUCCCAACCAGUGCGAGUGCUUUCCUGGCUUCAUCAAGCGACCGCAGCGAAGUGUCUGUGAGGCAGAGUGUCAUAUUAAUUGCGAGAAUGGCUUCUGCGAAUCGAGGUAUAAGUGCCAUUGUCGGGAGGGCUAUCGCUAUGAUCUGAACACCACCAGCUGCCUCCCCGAUUGCGUCGACGACUGCGGCCAUGGGAACGGAGUGUGCAUUGCCCCGGGAGUUUGUCGCUGUUUUGAGGGACACGAGGGUCGAGGGAAUGGUUGUCAUCCCAAGUGUGAUGGAUCCUGUGGCCCCCACGGACUGUGUCUGAAGCCCAAUAUCUGUGGCUGUCAGCCAUCCCAACAGCAUUGCUUGAACGGCAGCUGCGAUGCCAACGGCCAUUGUCAUUGCCCCAACGGACAGACGCACUUCGUCGAUCGCUGCCUAAGGCCACAGCAGCUCAUCCAUCAGCUGGUCACAAAUGAAAGAAGAGUGCACUUUAACCUGCAACUUGGCUACGAGUUCAAUGCCCUGAUCGGACGUCACUUUAAUAUCAGCUAACCCGUACAAUAAAGCUUGGAUCACUAGAAGUAGAUCUUACCUUAG